UACCUAAUUAUUAGCUUUAAAGUCACUCCUUUCCUAAAACUGAUGUGAUUGCACCCAAAAAUAAAUAAAUUAAUAAAUGCAAUUAGGUUAAUAAAUAAUUGGUUCCUGAUCUUUAAGCAUUAGAUAGAAGAAGAAUCAUCUCCCCGGAGCUAUUCGCUCUCUUUAUUGUUCUUGUUUUGUUCAAGAUGCCCGCCGAUACAACCUAUCAAUGCGAGGCAUGGCUGGGGGAAGCUGAAGAUAUGGGUGAUUCUUUGCCAGAAGCAGUGUUCUUGAUCCAAAUGUAUUGUACCAGCAGCGCCGACGUUACAAUCUUGCAGGAGUUUCGAGUGAAAAGAGAACAUCUAACACAUGACACCAGUUCUUGGUCUACCAUAACGAACAUGCUUUCAGAGAUGAACAUGCCUUUAUAUGUUCAUCCCAUAAUGAUACAGAAAAUAGCAGAAUGCGCACAAGAAAGUCGAAACAUGGAACGAAAGGUGAUUCCUAUGAUUGUGCAUCUUAAGACUAUCCAAUCAACUAACAUUAAUACGAGUUUUGACGAGGCUGGUGCUUCCCUGGAGUCCUUCAACUCGCAGAGGUCGAGGUUCGUCGGCGCUUGUUGGGCAGCGAUUGAAGCAUUAGAGAAGGUAAUGAUUAAUAAAGAUUCUUCGAAGCAAUGUGUCAUAUGCUUGGAAGACAUCUCGAUUGGUGUUGAAGCUACCCGCAUGCCUUGUUCGCACAUCUAUCAUGCAAGUUGCAUAAGCAAUUGGUUAGAGAAGAGUAAUUUUUGCCCAUUAUGCAGGUUUCAGAUAUAGCCAUUCGAGUUACUUUAUUUUGGAAUAGAAUGUCAUCACUAAUGUAAUUAGUUUCAUUGUUUUUUUUGCUUUGAUUUUUUUCUUCUUAUUUGGCUUCUGAAGAAUAAAAAUGUAAUAAUACUUUUA